GCUGUCAUUGGUCACAUGACCCGGAAGAUGUGGGGCUUCAUCCCUGUGUUAAACUGCUCUCAGCUGCUGAGCUUCUGUCCUUCGCAGUCCAGACCCUCCGUUCUCCGCACCGCGACCCCCGACCUCAGGGCGAACUCUCCUCAGCGCACCAUGGCGGACCAAGCUUUUGUGACAUUAGCGACAAAUGACAGCUACGCCAGGGGAGCGAUGGUUCUUGGGCAGUCGUUGCGAAAGCACAACACAACCAAGAAAUUGGUUGUACUCAUCGGGCCUCACGUCGCAGAACCCUGCAGAGGCGCACUUGGCUCCAUUUUCGAUGAGGUGUGUGUGGUGGACAUCAUGGACUCAGGUGAUGUGGCUCAUCUGGCCCUGAUGAAGCGUCCGGACCUGGGAGUGACAUUCACCAAACUGCACUGCUGGACUCUCACACACUACAGCAAGUGUGUGUUCAUGGACGCUGACACACUGGUGCUGUCAAAUAUAGAUGAACUCUUCGAGAGGGAGGAGCUCUCCGCUGCGCCCGAUCCUGGUUGGCCGGACUGUUUCAACUCUGGGGUUUUUGUCUUCAGACCGUCCAAUGAGACGCACGAGAAGCUGCUCACGUUCUGUGGAGAAAACGGCAGCUUUGACGGUGGAGAUCAGGGGGUUCUCAACAGUUUCUUUAACACCUGGGCAACGGCAGAUAUUUCUAAACACCUCCCUUUCAUUUACAACCUCAGCAGUGUCUCCAUCUACUCCUACCUGCCAGCUUUCAAAGAGUACGGCAGUAACGCGAAGGUAGUGCACUUCCUGGGCAAGGUGAAGCCAUGGAGCUACUCCUUUGACGCUGAGAAGGGCGAGGUCAGAGGUCACGCCCUGUCACCUGACCAGUGCCACCUGCACCCGGACUACCUGCUCAUGUGGUGGCAGCUGUACUCCAAGUCUGUGCUGCCUCUGCUGCAGCAGGCCUACGGGGACACGCCCUUCAACAGCGGCUUCACAGAGGAGAGCCAGAAAGAUAAGCUUCAGGAGGAUGUGAGCGCACAGCCGGCGCCCUCUGCUCCUGCACAGAAGGUUUCCUCCGAGGAAAGGAAGCAGCGCUGGGAAGCCGGCCAGAUCGACUACAUGGGCGACGACUCCUUCGCCAACAUCGAGCGGAAGCUGGACUCCUUCUUGAAGUAGCGGUUGUGGGUGAGGGAGUGCGACGGACGGAUGGAUGGAGAGAGAGAGAG